ACGGGGCGGGCAGUGGGCAGGCCGUCGCAGGCCACGCCCACUCCGGUAUUUCGAAGCUGGGGUGAGCUGCACUGGCCGGCGGGCGGUCUCAGAUCCUAAGCCGGAGUUGAGCGAAGAGUCCAUCUGGGAUCAUGGGCUCCAUGUUCCGGAGUGAAGAGGUGGCGUUGGUCCAGCUCCUGUUGCCCACAGCAUCUGCCUACAACUGUGUGAGCCAGCUGGGUGAGCUGGGCCUCGUGGAGUUCAGAGACCUCAACGAAUCCGUGAGCGCCUUCCAGAGACGCUUCGUGGUGGAUGUCCGGCGCUGCGAGGAGCUGGAGAAGACCUUCACCUUCUUGCGGGAAGAAGUGCAGCGGGCAGGCCUGACACUGGCCCCACCUGAGGGGAUACUGCCAGCACCACCUCCCCGAGACCUGCUGCGCAUACAGGAGGAAACAGACCGCUUGGCCCAGGAGCUUCGGGAUGUUCGAGGCAACCAACAGGCACUUCGGGCCCAGCUGCACCAGCUGCAGCUCCACUCAGCUGUGCUGGGCCAGAGCCACAGCCCGCCGCCGAUGGCAGCUGUCCAUACUGAGGGACCCUUCUCUGAGAGAACACCCCUACUCCCAGCUACCCGGGGGCCACAUGCAGACCUGAAAGUCAAUUUUGUGGCAGGUGCUGUGGAGCCCUACAAGGCUGCAGCCCUGGAGCGCCUGCUGUGGAGAGCUUGCCGCGGCUUCCUCAUUGCCAGCUUUAGGGAGACUGAGGGACAGCUGGAGGACCCAGUGACGGGUGAGCCUGCAACUUGGAUGACCUUUGUCAUCUCCUACUGGGGUGAACAGAUUGGACAGAAGAUCCGAAAGAUCACAGACUGCUUCCACUGUCAUGUCUUCCCAUACCUGGAGCCGGAGGAAAGCCGGCUCAGGACCUUGCAGCAACUGCAGCAGCAGAGCCAGGAACUUCAAGAGGUCCUGGGGGAGACAGAACGGUUCCUGAGCCAGGUGUUGGGCCGGGUGCAGCAGCUGCUGCCCCCAUGGCAGGUGCAGAUCCACAAGAUGAAGGCUGUGUACCUGACCCUCAACCAGUGCAGUGUGAACACCACACACAAGUGCCUCAUCGCGGAGGUCUGGUGUGCCACGAGGGACCUGCCCACUGUACAGCAGGCGCUGCAGAGCGGCUCGAGUGAGGAAGGAGUGAGUGCUGUCGCUCACCGCAUCCCCUGCCAGGACAUGCCUCCAACCCUCAUCAGGACCAAUCGCUUCACCUCCAGCUUCCAGGGCAUUGUGGAUGCCUAUGGUGUGGGCCGAUACAGGGAAGUCAACCCUGCUCCCUACACCAUCAUCACAUUCCCCUUCCUCUUCGCUGUGAUGUUUGGUGAUGUGGGUCAUGGACUGCUCAUGUUUCUUUUUGCCCUGGCUAUGGUCCUCACCGAGAACCGACCAGCUGUGAAGGCCACACAAAACGAGAUCUGGCAGACCUUCUUUGGGGGUCGAUACCUACUCCUGCUCAUGGGUCUGUUCUCCGUCUACACUGGCUUCAUCUACAAUGAGUGCUUUAGCAGAGCCACCACUAUUUUCCCCUCAGGCUGGAGUGUGGCUGCCAUGGCCAACCAGUCAGGCUGGAGCGACGAGUAUCUGUCCCAGCACCCUAUGCUCACCCUGAACCCUAACCUCACUGGUGUCUUCCUUGGACCUUAUCCCUUUGGCAUUGACCCGAUCUGGAGCCUGGCCACCAACCACCUGAGCUUCCUUAACUCCUUCAAGAUGAAGAUGUCUGUCAUCCUCGGGGUCACACACAUGGCCUUUGGGGUGUUCCUCAGCAUCUUCAACCACGUGCACUUUGGCCAGGCCCACCGGCUACUGCUGGAGACCUUGCCUGAGCUCAUCUUCCUCUUGGGCCUCUUUGGCUACCUUGUAUUCCUCAUUGUCUACAAGUGGGUGAAUGUCUCAGCUGCCAGCGCCUCCUCAGCCCCCAGUAUCCUCAUUCACUUCAUCAAUAUGUUCCUCUUCUCUCAAAACCCUACCAAUCAUCUGCUCUUCCAUGGGCAGGAAGCGGUACAGUAUACGCUGGUGGUCCUGGCUUUGGUCACAGUUCCCAUCCUGCUGCUGGGCACACCCUUGUACCUGCUGCGCCAGCACCGCCAAAGAACCACCACUCAGAGAAGGCCAGCAGGCCGACAGGAUGAGGACACUGACAAGCUUCUGGCCUCCCAUGAUGCUUCCUCCUUGGAGAACAGCUGGAGCCCCGAUGAGGAGAAGGCUGGGAGCCCAGAGCAUGAUGAAGAAGCUGAGUUUGUCCCUUCUGAGAUCUUCAUGCACCAAGCCAUCCACACCAUUGAGUUCUGCCUAGGCUGCAUCUCCAACACAGCCUCCUACUUGCGUCUCUGGGCCCUGAGCCUGGCCCAUGCCCAGCUGUCUGAGGUCCUGUGGGCCAUGGUGAUGCGAAUAGGCCUAGGCAUGGGCCGAGAGAUUGGUGUGGCAGCUGUGGUGCUGGUCCCUGUGUUUGCUGCCUUUGCUGUGUUGACUGUGGCCAUCUUGCUAGUGAUGGAGGGGCUCUCAGCCUUCCUGCACGCCCUGCGGUUGCAUUGGGUGGAGUUCCAGAACAAGUUCUAUUCAGGUACUGGCUACAAGCUCAGCCCCUUCACCUUCACUGUGGACAAUGAUUAGCACCCACUGCGAUCCCUGCUUCUCCAAAGUGGGACAGGAAUAAAGAGCUGGCUGGCCCAGGAA